AUGGACGAUCUGUAUGUUUUUCAUCUUCAACAAGAACUCAGAUCAGUUGAAACACACUUCGAGCGAUUCGUGGAGAAUCACAAUCAUCUGGUUGGAGGAGCUACGCCCACCGAGAUGGGUUCACACGAUGCGCUUUGGGAAACAGUAGAGGAGCUUUACAAGGAAGUAUGCAGUAAACUUAAUCGGUUAAUCUCAUCGUCAAAGGUCGAAUCCAAUGUCACCGAUGGUGCGCGCGAUUGCCCCAUAUCAUCGCUGGAUGGCCACUUGGUUGAUCUUAAGUUAGAUCCGUUAGCUAUUCCGUCAUUCGAUGGAGACAUGUGCAAGUGGUUAGCGUUCAAAGAUGCGUUUGAAACACUGGUUCAUCACUCGGCAUACCCGGAAGCAUUUAAGUUGGGCAAACUUCGUCAGGCAGUCAAUGUAGCCUCUGUUCCCUUAAUUGGAGGAAUCUACUCGGGUGGCUAUCAAGAGGUGUGGAAUGCUCUGAAGGAACGUUACGACAACAAAAAGCAGCUAGCGGAACUACACGUAUCCCGUUUUCUUAACCUUAAGGCAGCUACCCUGGAGUCAUCACAAUCGUUGCUGUCAAUUGUGGACACGGUUCAUGAGUCACUGCGUGCUCUGCGGGUGAUGGAUAUUCCUAUACAUCACUGGGAUGCAAUAGCUGUACCAAUCGUGGUGACUAAGCUUCCAGCUGUAACCAAAAGGGAUUGGUGUAUGACGUGCUCUCCUACAGACAUACCACAGUUAGAAGAUCUAUUGAAGUUUCUCGAAAAACGUGCUCAUAGCCUGUCUUCGGAACCAUCGACUGCGUUAAUGGUGUGUCGGCAACAACGGCCAGUGAGGGCGCAUGUCGCGACUACAGAUGCAGCGUUGUGUGCUCAUUGCAGCUUACCACAUCGAAUCGCUAAGUGUCCUACAGUGUUGGCUCUCAAUCUAGAGCAACGAUUUGAGGCGAUUAGGAGAUUGCAAUUGUGUUACAAAUGCCUACGUGCUGGACAUUCGCUAAGGCAGUGUUCCUCAGGUAAUUGCCGAAAUUGUGGUCGCAAGCACAACACAAUCUUAUGCCGAGCUAAGGUCAAUAAUGCGUCAACGCUUGGAUCUUCAAUUACUUCACCAGUAUCUAAUAACGUGCCUGCUGAGGUGCAGACAACCUCAACAGCAUGA